AUGCCCGAGGAAUUCUGGAAGAAAUUCCCGCGGAAGGAUGCAUUACAUUUAGAAAAGAGUGGUUCCCAGCGAAGAUCCGAGGUAGAAGAGCAGCUAUUAGCCUGGGGAUUUCGAAUAGAAGCUAUGUUUUCCGAUGGAUACGCAGCAGAUGAUACGAUGUGUGACGAUGAAAGACGAAUAUGGUCUGAUUCUUCAUACAGCUUGCUGUAUAAAACAGCAGUUAAACUUCUUCCAGACGAACAGUUGGUACACUCUGAGAUCAUUUUCCUGUGUCGGAAAACAAACCGCAAGGAGUUGCAGCAGCAUCAGCAACUCCCCAACAAAGUUCCCUGCAGCGAAGUAAAAUCCCUAGGCGAUUCUUUUUCAGCAAUUAUGACCACCGAGACCGCGGAGGAAUCCUCAACGCAGAAGGAACCCGUCGCCCCAUCUACCGGGAAAACACCUGAUGAAUGCUCAGAAACUGCUGCUGAUGCGGAAACGAAGCAGGAACAACAACCGGCCUCAUCUGCUACAGCAGAAGAAGUAAUAAUCCCAAGAACUGAAGCUGCAGACUUGAUAAAUGUACAACACUAUCACGUUAACUUCGUCUUCACGAGCUUUCUCUCAUUGGGCAAAGGGCUUCACAAACAGCAUCUGCUUCCCGCCAAAAGGGCUGAUUUAGAGUUAAGUUCCUGGUGUUCCCAAUCCAACAUUGUCGUCCAAGAAGCAGGGAAAACCGGCUUGGGCAAUGAAGGAGAGAAGCACCAUGUGGCGCCAAGCCCUGUGACGUCAGAGACACUGCGGCGAGCGGCUUUCAAUAGUAACCAUCUAACCACCCCAAUUCUUGAUUCUUAUUACCGGUUUCCGGUUUCAUCUAUUCAGUCCUUAUUAACCGAGGUCGGGCUGAUGGGAGGAAUAAAGCAAGCAUACAAGAUUUGGAAGAAGCUAAUCAUCUGUGGUUUCCGGGAGGAGCCCUUUGUUGCAGUAAACCCUGAUGUGUCUCGCUCCGAUCCCUCAUCGUCACCAGUCAUGAGGAGCGAUGGCUGGAUCUCCGGUAUUCCGAACUUCGCAGGGUUCCCGACGUUGCGGUGGUUUUUCCAUAACGAUUUGGACUGCAUUCGAAAGUUUGUGCACGUGUACCUCGUACGUCAUCCAGGUGACAUAAAUAAGGAACGACUUCUAGAGAUGCAAGUAAUCCGCAAGGUGGGAAUCCCAGCACCUGCUGCAGCAUCUUCACCUGCAAUCAACAGUGAAGCGAGUCAGGCGACAUCGAAACAAGAGGAAUCAGGCACAGCACCAUCUACCAGAGAAUCACCGCAGGCGCUGGAACCUUCACAAAUGGGUGCAAUUACUGCUGCAGAACUGAGGCAGGGAGACUCACAACCCAUGGGACCGAUCUGUUUUUCUGCCUGUACUUUCAGCACCCCUGGAACCUACGUUUUCAAAAUUCAAAAGUAAAGAAUCAAACGGGUCGCCCUUGAUGUAUGAUCUGGCUCGAGUUCUGAAUUUUUUCAGUUGAUGGGUGUUAUGUCGAAUGUCUUGUUGACUUGAAAAUUUUUUUAUUGAUUCCGAAUUUUUUGCAUGAAAUUUUCUCAUUUCAAUUUUCAUCCUUUUCAUUUUUUUUGUGACGGAAAGAAUACGAACAUUUUGUAGCGAUGAUGACCACAUGCUGAAAAAGGCGAUUAAAAUAAAUACACCUGCUUUUGUACCACUUCUUUAUUUCUCGCGAAGUAUAAUCCAGAGAUGAAAAACCACGAAUCGCGAGGUAGAUAGUGCUAAUUUUGUAGUGCAAUAAGAAACCUCGCUUGCAAAAUAGAACACUUUAUGUACCCUAACUGACUUGCCUGAGU